UCGCUCCACGGCACCGCUCAACUGUUUUACGGCAUACGUGUAAGUCUAUCUCGUAGCCGCUUGAUUAUUAGGGUAUAAACAGGCAUUAUUUGUUUCUGGAAUUUACGAUAGUCUCACGUUGAGAUAUCAGACCAGGAGAUAUGGAUGUCGGAGAGCUCUUGAAUUAUCAGCCCGACAGAGGAGCAACACGUUCCAGAGAGAAUGACGCAGGAGAGGAAGAUCCGAGAAGUGCAAAGCAUCAGAAGCUGUCCAGUACUAGACACAGAGAUGGGACAGGAGCAGGCGUUGAGGGAGGAGCUGACAUGAAGGACAGUGAUGAUUUGACAGUGGAUCGCAAGAAGAUCUUGGAGAAACUGAUGGACCAGGAUGAAGACGAUCCGGAGGCAGAGCCGGUGGAUGAGAGCUCAGUGAAAAAAAUGAUCCUGACCUUUGAAAAACGAUCCUACAAAAAUCAGGAACUCAGGAUUAAGUUCCCCGACAAUCCAGAAAAGUUCAUGGAGUCCGAACUGGAUCUAAAUGACAUUAUACAGGAAAUGCAUGUGAUUGCUACCAUGCCUGAUCUCUAUCACCUGCUCGUAGAGCUCAACUCUGUUCACUCGCUGAUGGGUCUUCUCAGUCAUGAAAACACUGAUGUUGCCAUAGCAGUGGUGGACCUACUCCAAGAGCUGACGGACAUUGUCACACUCAACGAAAGCGAGGAAGGUGCCGAGGUCCUUAUAGAUUCUCUGCUGGAGGGCCAGGUGGUCGCGUUACUGGUGCAGAAUAUGGAGCGACUGGAUGAGCAGGUUAAAGAGGAAGCUGAUGGUGUCUUCAACACACUGGGCAUUAUCGAAAAUAUGGCCGAAUUUAGACCAGGCCUGUGCACAGAAGCAGCUCAGCAGGGACUCAUGCAAUGGCUGCUCAAGAGAAUUAAGGCAAAGAUGCCUUUUGACGGUAACAAGCUUUACUGCAGUGAAAUUCUGGCCAUCUUGUUGCAAAACAAUGACAACACGAGAGAGCUCCUGGGAGAACUGGAUGGCAUUGAUGUGUUACUGCAGCAACUAUCCGUGUUUAAACGUCAUAACCCAUCCACAGUUGAGGAGCAGGAGAUGAUGGAGAAUCUCUUUGAUGCACUGUGUUCCUGCCUAAUGCUGCCAGCCAAUCGGGACCGUUUCCUCAAAGGGGAGGGUCUUCAGCUCAUGAAUCUCAUGCUUCGGGAGAAGAAAAUGUCCCGAACUAGCUCCCUCAAGGUUCUGGAUCAUGGGAUGAUAGGACCGGAGGGAGGAGACAACUGCCAUAAGUUUGUGGACAUCCUCGGUUUGCGAACCAUCUUUCCACUUUUCAUGAAAACUCCCAAGAAGAUGAGGAGCUCCGGUUCUUCUGAGAAAGAGCAUGAAGAGCAUGUCUGUUCAAUUAUCGCCUCCAUGCUGAGAAAUCUCAAGUCCCAACAGAGAAGCAGACUCCUAAACAAGUUUACAGAGAAUGAUUGUGAGAAGGUUGAUCGACUGAUGGAGUUGCAUUUUAAGUACCUGGAGGCUGUUCAACAGGCUGACAAGAGGAUCGAAGGGGAGAAACAUGAGAUGGUUCGCCGUGGCGAAAUUCUUGAUGACAACAUGGAGGAUGAAUUUUACCUCCGUCGACUGGACGCCGGACUGUUUGUUCUUCAGUCCAUCUGCUACAUCAUGGUCGAGAUCAGCAACUCGGGACUAUCACAGCUGCAGCAGAGGGUCCAUCAAAUUCUCAACUUAAGAGGGGGCUCUGUCAAAGUUGUGCGCCACAUCAUGAGAGAGUACGCAGAGAGCAUCGGGGAUGGCAAGAGUGAAGAGUUCAAAGAGGCAGAACGCAAGAGGAUCAUGGACCUUUUAGAAAACUUUUAACGUGGCUUUUUGUUUCUUCAUCGGUAUGAGACACACACAUAAUUUUGUUGCAUUUGGGGCCACUUGUGGCCUUGACAAAUGGCAAUUAUCUAGUUUUUCCUGCAAGAUAUUGCUUUUGACAUAGUUUCCCCCCCAUUUAUGUUCCAAGCAGUGCUGCAGUGAAAACCCUCCAUCUUUUUGGAUUGACGGGUGUAUUUUUACUUUUUUAUUUUUUUCAUAUUCAGCCAGGCCAAAAUGUGCAUAACGUUAGCGAUUACGCCAAUUUAACAACAGAUUGCCAUUUAUGGCUACGGGAGUCUUGGAGUUAACCAUACCACUCAAUACUUGUGUUAUUUUGACACGCAUGGAGUGGAAUUCCCAUUCGAAUUAUUUUGUGUAAUUUUGUUUUUGUAGACUAUGUCAA